AUGAGGCACGUGAUUCGUAAUCACCUCACUUUCGCCGAGCAUAAGCGGUGCUUAUUCGCUGACGUGGACGACGAUGCAGAAUCCGACGAGUGCGACGACGAAUUCGACGCAAAUAUGGGGAAAAUGAUCGCUGCCGAUUCCGCACUUAAAGCUGUCGCUCAAAUUCAUCGGAACGCCUCAACCGGCUCAACCAACUCGUCGACGACGGUUGCGGCGGCGGCGCCGGUCACGCAUCCAUCCCACGUCUACAGCUACAUGCCAUUCACGCCGUAUAGGGAAAAUGUGUCUAUACGCUCGUUUAAGCACGAGUUACGCACAAUUAGAUCUAUGAAACUCGUCUUGAACAGGGCAGACGACAAGCGUUACGUGUUACCGGACAACAUUUCGACGUACGCACACGGUCAUCACCGCAUAAAUUAUUAA